AUUUCUGUAUAAGUAAUGGAGCUGUCUGAAUAUAUAUGGGGAGAAAGUGAGAGAAGUCUAUACUCUCAUCUCACUGCAAUGGCUUCUCAACUUGUGCAGCUAUUAGCAAACAAAUCUUUCAUGUCUUGUGGACAUGUAAACUGGCGGAGUUACUGUUGGAGAUUGCUUCUUCUCAUGGCUUUCUUACCAAAUGUUACCCUUUCCGGCCGAAUUGUCGAGUACCUGCCUGGUUUUGACGGUGAACUUCCGUUUAAACUUGAAACUGGGUAUACAAGUGUUGGUGAUUCUGAGCUGUUCUACUAUUUCAUUGAAUCACAAGGUGAUCCUCAAAAAGACCCUAUUUUUCUCUGGUUAACUGGUGGACCUGGUUGUUCUUCUUUCAGUGGUAUAAUCUAUGAAAUCGGUCCAAUGGAGUUUGACAUAAACAACUACAAGGGAGGCUUGCCAAAAUUGAAGUAUUACCCAUAUGCAUGGACAAGGACAGCCAGCUUUAUUUUUUUAGAUGCACCAGUUGGCACAGGUUUUUCUUAUUCUACUACUCCACAAGGAUGGCCUACCUCAGACUCAGAAUCAGCAGAGCAGUCUUAUCAAUUCCUCAGAAAGUGGUUGCUAGAACACCCACAAUAUUUGCUAGUUCAGCUUUUUAUUGGUGGUGAUUCUUACUCUGGCCUCAUUGUUCCAUUGAUCACUCAGAAAGUGGUAGAGGCUAAUGAAGCAAUGGUCAACCCAUAUUUGAAUCUCAAGGGUUUUCUGCUUGGGAGCCCAACUACAGAUCAAAUUCUGAAUGCAAAUUCAAAAAUAAUAUUUGCUCACAGGAUGGCUCUAAUUUCAGAUCAACUAUAUGAGAAACUUAAAAUGAGUUGCAACGAGUCCUAUGUUGAUGUAGAUCCAUCCAACACAGCAUGUGUAGCUGCACUUGGAGCUUAUGAAAUCUGUAUAAAAGAUUUAUAUGCCAAUGAUAUCUUGGAACCCAGUUGUGUCUUUGCAUCCGAAAGUGAAAAUCCACCAACUGGUCAAAGAUCUGCAAAAGAAAAUCCCACAAAUUUCAUCCUUUCACCACCAAGAAUUCCUGACUUGUGGUGUCGAAAUUUUAAUUAUGUUCUGUCCUAUGUGUGGGCAAAUAAUCCCCAAGUCCAGGAUGCGUUGCACGUUCGAAAGGGAACCGUAUCGACAUGGCAAAGGUGCAACCUGACCUUAUCAUACACAGAAGAUGUUCGAAGUGUUAUUGAUGUUCAUCGUUAUCUCAGUAGCAAGAGCUUGGAACUUCUAGUUCAAACUGGAGAUCAUGACAUGGUUGUUCCAUUUGUAGCAACUCAAACAUGGAUAACAUCUCUGAAUUUGACAAUUUCUGAUGAGUGGCGACCGUGGUUCGUUGAUGGGCAAGUUGCAGGAUACACAAGCAAGUAUGUGAAUUACUGGCAGGACGGAACUUUUUAUCUGACAUAUGCAACUGUUAAGGGUGCGGGUCACACAGCACCAGAGUACUAUCGGAGAGAAUGCUAUGAACUGUUUCAGAGGUGGAUUCAUUACUAUCCUCUGUAGAUGAGACUCGGAUUUAAUUAUUAGUUGCUCUUAUUGGGAUUAUUUUCUUGAUAAAUAAUCUUUGAAUGUGUAAUAAUAAGAAGAUUAUAAUAAAAAAAUCUUUAUAAUC